GGCUGCAAUACGGAAGGAGGUAGGACACUCCACGUCACUGAGGUGUAAUAACGGCGUCAGCGCCUCACAAGGUGCUACAUUUCGUCAAUUAAACCGCCACUGUGCGACAUUAGACGCCUCCGUGUUAACUGGAACACACAAAAGCCCCAGGUGAACCUCUCUCCCGACGGUUGUCCUCUGAAGGGCCUCGGGGAGACCCGCUGAAGAGUGUCGCUCCAUCUCAGCAUCUAGAUGGGCGAAUCAGGCUCCCGCCGUUCUACACUUGUUUCUCGCCUGCCAAUCUUCCGCCGUAGUGGCAAUAAGAGGCAGGAUUCUCUCCCGUCCUCUCCGUCUUCAGGGGGAGUUGGUAAUGGCGUUCACACCUCCUCACCUUCCAGCACCAACUCCAGUUCUGGCAGCACCGGUAAACGCCGGAGCCUUUUCCGAGCUCCGUCUCUCAGUUUUGCAGCAAAGCGGAACAGCGAUCCCCGCGUCCAACCAAUCAAUCUUAACCUCACCCCUCCCCUGACUCAGACUACCGACGCGAAUGGGAACAACCAGCAGCCAAUAUCAACGUCAGUGUCAGCGUUCAGCGAAGGUGGCAGGCGCCCAAAGUCGCGCCACUCGUUUGGCUUUGGCAGCCACAAGCAAAAGAAAAUCUCACGCUCUCAGACGGAAGAGUUUGAGAAAGCUUCCUCAUCCUCCUCUACAACCAAUCGGAAUGUCUUUAUCAACUGCAUCAGCAGCUCGGGAGCCAACGAAGGCGACGACUCCGGGUUCCUUGAUGACUAUAGUGGAGGCAGUAACAACAACAGACGCUCAUCACGCCAGAAGAAACAGCUGCUUCCUAAAUCUUUCUCCGCUCACCACCGCUUCUCCCGUGCAUCCGACCACCACAGACCUCCAGAAGUCAACCUGGACCCUCCGAGCUCCACCACCAUAACUCCAGGGGCAGGAGAACUCACCCCGGGGUCGUGGCCCGGGGAGCUGAUGGGAGCGGGCGGUGAGAGCUCGCUUCAGUCCCCUAUGAUAUCAGAGGAUCGAACCACAGCCAUCACCCCAUCAGAGUUUAUUGCCAUCACAGAGGACUCCGUGUCUGAGGUGGACGCUCUUCCAACUCCCAGCCCUGGUGUAACCUCAGACCCUGCUUGUGGGCUCGGUCCGGUUACUGAUCAUGCUCCACCUGACCCCCCACCUGCACCUGAGGGCUUCAGUGUGGCAAUUUCUGCUUCCCAGGUUUUCUUCACUCCAGCCCAGUCCAGUGCUGAGAAACCAUUGCACCCUGACACCAGCACAGCUAACAACACGGACUAUGAAACCGCUGCUUCGCUCUCUGAGCCAGAGACGGCUGUGGCCUGCCUACCUCUAAAGGAGCAGUCCCUGGAGGAGAGGAAGGAGAGGGAGGAGGAAAGACAGGAGGCGAGGAAAGAAGAAUCUACAGAGAAAAAGAUGGAGUUGGUACUUGAGAGACAGACAGGCCACCACACAGAAACCACAAGUGAAAGCGAGGCGUGUGGGGUUCGCAGUGAUGGCUGUCACUCAAACCCAGAGAAGAACGAAAGGAGGCCAAGAAACACACGCUCUCUUCAAGAAAGAGGAAGCUUCUGCGGCUGCCAUGAGCCCAGGUCGUCUCAUUUGAGGAGACCACAUGCAGCUACUUUGUGUAGCGGCGCUAGCCCUUACCAUGAGAUGAUGCGGUUGGAGAGACGUCUGCGCUCCUCAUCGGAGGGGGCUGGUGGGCCUCGUGUCCAUGGAAACCACAGAGAAGCACCAGGCGUGGAGGGAUGUGGUCUGCUGAAACACAGAAACAACUCCUCAUCAUCAAAACUGGGAAGUCUGGAUGUUUUAAACAACCUGGGUUCAUCAGAACUGGAUGAAGAUGAUCUCAUGUUGGACCUGGAUCUCUCUGACGAUCAGCGACAUCGUCAUGUGUCCAGAGAAGACUCGAGCCAAUCACUGCUCUCCUGUCUCAACCUGCUGCCUUCCCCACUGGAUCCAUCCGGAGACUGCAUUGUGGGAAAAGAGCACAAUCAGAGGGAACUCAGCCGUCCAACCAGCCUGCUGCCUGCUGAUUUCAGCGCAGGGCUGGGUUUGGGGAAGGACGAUGACCCCUUACCUCCAGGGCUGGAGACCGUUCCGCUCAGGCUGAUGUUGCAGGACUGUACCGCUGUCAAAACCCUGCUUUUAAGGCUGAGACGGACAUUGCAAGAGAGCACGGAGACGAGUCCUGCCAGCAGCCUCCAGUCUCUACCCAUCAGCCCUUUAAAUGAGAAGUCUCUGCCAUUCAAGGAGCUCAGCAGGGAGGAAGUGUUGCUGCAGCAACUGAGAGAAAAAGAUGAGAUGAUUCUCAGACUCCAGAGUGAACUGGAAAGUGCCAAAGCUGCCCUGAAGAUGAAAGACUGCCAAAUGACUGAUCGCACAACGCAGACAGAACACACUGGGCCAGAGAUCAGCCAUCCAGGCCGGUGGUCAGGACUCGGCAGCAGCUUGGCUCCAAGGGACCGAAGGGUGGUCCGGGGUUUGGGAGCAGCAGUCGGAGGGGACCACUCUAACCAGCACCACCCUUACUACUAUCCGCCCCUGCAUGGUCGGGCCUCUGCUUCUGAUCGCCACACUGCCAGGGAAGAGAGACUCCCUCCCAAGGGGGUCUUGGCUCAGUCCACAGCCCGUAACCCUGCACUAAACCUGUCUCCAGAAUACUCCAACACACCCUCCGCUCAGACAUCAUCCGUCUCUCCAGCCCAACCUGGCUCAGCUAAUCACACCCCUGCUUCAUUUCUGUCCUCCAAACAGGCAGACGGGGUGUCCUCCUCCUCUGAGUCCUUAACUCCAGGAGGAGGGGGAGGCAGUGGAGUGAGUUUGUCAGGAGGGGUAAAAAGGGGAGGUGGAGAUCACCAUCCACCAAGCCUUAUCCCUCGUUCGUUCGGGGCCAGCACCUCCUCAAGCCUCCACAGUCUCGCCAGCAGGGGAAGCCCUUCUGGGAACAACUCUUCAUCAGAGCAAACCUCACCCUCUCCUCCCAUCCCUUCCUCUACCUCCUCCACCUUCACCAGGCGUUUAGGACAGCCGCCUCGAGGGCCUCUGUCCCUGCAUAGCUACAGUCGUAAAAACGUCUUCCUCCAGCAUUCUCUACAUACUGCCGAACUGCAAGCUCUCACACAGAGAGACACUUAAGACAUGUCAUCAUUCCACUCAUGAGCAGCCAAAUCAUGAGUGUAAGUGUGAAUUUAAAGAAAUAAUUAUCUGCUGCUACUUCUGUUAGUCUCCGCUUACCCCCGCAAAAAAAAGUAAUCAGUCUGAAAUGCGCUUACAAUCCCUUUUUGCGAUCCAGACCAGCUCUUGAUUCACAUAUUCAGAAAUCUGCUCGCUAUUUUUCUUUUUAGUUUUUUUAGGCACACACACACACACAUGCACACAUACACACACACACACACACACACACACACACACACACACACACACACACACACACACACGCACAUAUCAGGCUAUGAGAUUGAGAAAAGGCACUCACCCGUCUAUCAUAGCUCCCACGUUGUGUCAUGCUGACAGUUCAGAUGAGCUUACGCCCACAGACGCACAAACUGCACACACACACACACACACACACACACACACACACACACACACACACACACACACACACACACACACACACAAAUGCACUCUUUGACACAAAGACAUCCUCUGUGAUAUCUCUGCUUCACCGUCUGCACUAAUAACGCGGUGAUAAAACUGAAUGAAAAGACGAGGUGUCUGCAUUGUUCAAGAUGAGUCUUUUACACGUUAUUUCACCACUUUGGCGCUGAAACCCAUUUGCUGUUGGAGGAAUUGUGGGACUGACUGUAAUUUCUGCUCGUACAUUCUUACCUCUCCAAAUCCUGCAUCAAAUGCAAUCCUCACCCCAUAGGGGUCUGGAAUAAGAGACGUCUAUGAAGAUCUCCUACAACCCUUCUGCAUGCUUGUGAGGAUUCAUGGAUGGAAAACCGGCAGCAAAAACUGUGUGACUUUAAAACUCUUUCAGCUGUAGAGGUACAGUAUCAGUUUUCAUCCCAGUGUUUUUUAAAAAGGGAAUCAAACCUGCCACAACCUCUCGUACAUAUUUACCUAUGUAAAAGCUGUUUUAACAAAAGAAAGUCAAACAACGGCGGCAUUUGUCUUCAUACCUUUUUCCUGUGGGAAAAUAUAAGAAACGCCCACAUUAGACUUAUAACACGAUUCUACGAUGGUGCUCUAGGGCCACUGUUGAUGUCACACAUGUAAACUGAGUGUGUGUGUGUGUGUGUUGGGGGGGUGGGGGGGUAUAACUCCAGGAAUAAAUUCUGAUGACAGAAAAUCUUGGUUUAGCAAAAACGUUUUAUUUUUUAACUAUAUGAAACAAAAUUUAUUAAAAUAAAACUAUGAAAUUAUUUUAUGAUGUAAAUUAGACUUCCAUUAUUAAGAGCUUAAACUCACCAGGAAAAACGGUGAUGUUUACUGGAAUUGGCGUAUAUGUGUCACUUAUAAAGCUAAAAGAGUCAAAAUUCUUUAGAUUAGAGGCAUCAAUUUAUAUCAAAUGGAUCUGGAUAUUCUCUAAGGCAGCCAUUUUACUGAGGCUUGUAGUAAUUUGUGGACAAGCUUUGGAAAAGCUCAAUGUGUACGUAGUUUAUUUACCUGAAAAAACUUUUAAGUUGUGGUUGACUGAAAAAUCUUUUUUUAAUGUUUUUUUCUGAUCAUAAUCGGUCACUCCGAGUUUUUCAUGCAGGCUGAACAUGAAAAUAGUCUCCUACACCUAUCUCCUGCAUUAGCUUCUGAUGGGAAAUAGACGGUGACACGCUAGGAUUUAAAACUCCUCACAGGUCUAUGUCACACUGUGAAUUUCCUUUCAUGGACUCACCCAUCUUGAUUCUCCACGGGGAAGGCUGUUGUUGGUUUAGCGUCCAGGAAACAGCAGAGAACGUCUCGGCUAGUUUAAGCUAACAGUUAGCAUUAACAACACCAACACACAGCAGUAGAUCCUCCAGGCUCGUGUUAUUUGUGGAGAUAAAACAUCAAUGUUGCAUGUAGGUGUUAGUUGUGUUGCUGUUAUCCAUCCGAGGGUGAAAUGUCCAAAUAUUGGGAAAUAAGACUCAAAAUUCUGUCAUCUGGCAUUCAGCUGUGAUGUUGCAGACUUGAUAUGCUGAGACAGGGGUGUUUCUUAAUGUCAAAGCACAUGGCCUCGCAAGGCAUCACCUUACGAGGCCAUGUGCUUUGCUUACCAGGACACUGUCCAUCCUUGGUCAAAGAAAACGGUUAAAUGGAACAGACUUGCAUCACGUGACCGCGCCUUCCGCGGCGGUCACGUAAUGUCAUGUGACACGGGAGAAAACGUUAUAUUUUAUAUGUAUUAGUUUCAAUAUAAAUAUUUAACGAGCCUUUUACUUUUAAAUUGUGUAUAUAUUUGUUAAAUUAAAUAUAUUAACGAGUUACUACCCGCUAGUCACCGAAGCUGCAAGUAAUAAGCAACUAACCAACCAUCGAUAACUUCUGUGGAUCUAAAAAAAAAACAUUUUAAAUUAGAUGACUUACUUUUAAACUUGAAAUUUGCCCCAGAAGCAGCUGCCGGCUUCUGAUCCACCAGCCUUUUGAAAAUACCACGAUGUAUUCUGGGUAAUUUUUGACCAAGGCUAGGCUAUAAGAUACCUCCCGUGUAUCCUUGCUCAGCUAGCUAAACUGCUAACAAAUGGAGAAUAGACUCCUCGGUUGAACAUGAACAUUGGAACAUGUCUUGGCGAUUCCUGAUGACGUAUCUCCUAGGCAACUGGGGCGGGGCUAAGACAUCAAGGCAAGGUUCCUUGGCAUUGAGAAACACCCAGGGGUUUGUGGGCUUUUUUGUGCCCAGAGUUCUGCCCGCAAGGCAUUUAUUCCUUCUAGAGACUACUGCCAAUGUAUUGAUUAAACGAGUAAUCCACACCUUAAACGAAUAGAAACAAUAGAUUGUAAAAUUCCUCAACUUUAACUCAUUUUUGUAGAUUUAAAAGCCUUUUUUGAGAAUAUUUUAAUGUUCUUGUAAAUUUAUGGCUUUAACCUCAGAAUCUCAGCCAUAGUUUCACACAAAUCCAUGAUUCAACAGAUGUUCUUCUAUUAGAUUUCAAAUUUUCAAUCCAGAAAGUCUGCAAAUUUACAACAAUAGAGAAAAUCAUAGUUUUGUGUUAAUUUUUACCUUUAAUUGUGGGAAAUUCGAUCUGUCUUGCAUAUUUAAGAUCUUCCAACUGGUAUGGAAUGUUUUGCCAUAACAUACAACCAUUAUGGAAGACCGGUGAACCCCCCCCACCCCCCCCCCCCCACCCCCACCCCCAAAAUACUUAACGUCUCUCUAUAAUAACAAGGAGUACACUAAACUAGACCUUCACCCAUCUUAGAACCAGUUUAUUUGAUUUAUCUCAACCAUUUUCCAAAACUAUUCCUGUAUUUAGUAUUAAAAUGGAGAAAGGGUUGUUUUCCAUAACUAGUGAACUUGGAAAUUCUCUUGAUUAUUCCAUGUAAAGAAGCCAACAGUAGAUUAGAUGCUCCACAUUUUCUCUCUUAGCCAUUUUUAAUGUUUAUUGAAGAUUUAACCUAAUGAUGUCCCAUCUGGACAGAACCACCAGUUCCUUUUAUUGUUGGACAGUGAGAGACCACUGAGUGUGAUGAACCACAACGUUUAUACCUAAGAACCCUGCUCAGCCUGCUGCUGUUGGAUCUAUUUGCUGUGAGCUGACAAACCGCUGAACGGAUCUUUCCCCCACGGCUUGGAGGUAAACGGACCUCUCUCCGUGUCGACCGGGAGGUGGGAGCCAGCGCUUGUACUCGGAGCGGGCGACAGUUCACGGCUCCUGGCGUCUACAGAACCAUGUGAGAUGUUGGAUGGGUUGUUGACCUUGUCUGUCUCUAAAUAGCGCCUAGCUUGAGGCAGGCUGUGCAAAUCGUGUGUGCGUGUGUGCUGUAACACACACUCCACCAGGGAGGAACCUGAUGGAGGUGAGGAACAGCCUGAAGGGCAGCAGCUUUGUUCUGAGUGGAGGAAGCUACAGCUCUCUCUUCUGCUCUGGUUUUCUAAAAACAACGUUGUCCUUCUUUUGGAUCUAAUUUUUUACCAAUGUCCCCUGCAGCUCCACACACUGUUUAAAUGUUUUUUAUGUACAAUCUGUCUUUGUGGUGCUCCAGCCUCUUUCCUUCAGCAUCCCUCUCCUGCAUCAAGCAUUGGCUGUCUCUGCGUUUUUACCAUCACCUGUCCUGGUUUUGUUCUACCUUCUGUCCAGGUCUCUCCUCUGCUGAGCCCAGCUACAGAGCUUUUAUCAUCUGUUCUAAACUCUGCUGCAGCGGGAUCUGUCUGCAUCGCUGUUGAUUUUCAUUACAGGGUUAUAAUCAGGAAGUCAUUUUAAAUCUGAUAAAUGCAAUUACCUUCCUGAAUAGGAUAGACGGGCAGCAGCGGCGUGGUUCCUUUCACAUUUGGACUGAACAGCAGCUGAAACACGAACCAAGCGCUCCCCAGUUAAUCAGUUCAGCGUGUUUUGUUGCUGUUUGACCUCCUAGGUAAUGGUAUUUACAUCCCUCAUUGCUUCCUGACGCCGUGUGAAAUGUGAAGAGAGUAUUUAACUGCCCACACACUUUUAUUUUUGCUCCAUGUUUGAGGCAGCUGCAGCGUGGAACACACCGCAGAGGGAGGCAGCUGGUUAUGUCACAUGUCAUGAAAAGAAAAAGAGGCCACAUCUGAGAUUGUAGUUCAAAUGUGGCCUUAAGGUCUUUCACAGUCUUUCUUUCUUUCUUUCUUUAUAUAUAUAUAUUGUUUUUAUUUUUUUGCUUUCCAAAGUGAAAGGAUGGUGAGUUUCACUGCUAGGGGACACUUUUCUGUAAAAGAUGAACACACCUUAUGAACCUUGGUUGUUUUUAGCUGCAUGCUGAGCUUUUGAGACACUACAUUUGUUGGGAACUAAUUAAAUUCUACAUUUGUAAUUUUUGCCUUAUUUUCAUCUGUCAUAGGAACUUGUUUCCUAAAAGCAUCCUGGCACUUAAAGGUAAAUGUAGUGGUCUUGAUAAGAAUCAAUAUGGAAAUAUGAAAUGAUAAUCAUGUAGGAGUUUUAUUGAAACAAAUAAUUUAUGUUCUUGCUCUUAAAUUUUAUUACUGUAAUUAUCUUUUUAUGUCUCAAUAAAUGUAAUAUUGAAAUAGAAAUGUUUAUUUGUGCAUAAGUUGUGGAUUUAUUUUGACUUGUAAACACUUUGGGUUUGUGUAAAUGUUUGUUUAAGGAUUUAAAUAUGAUUGUCCUUAAAGAUUAAAGCGUUUUUAUAACUUUUUUUUGUUACCUUCAAGAUGCAGUCAGAGGUCUGAUCUGUAGCCAAAGAGUUUCAGGCCUUAGUGAUAAACCAGAAGACAAAUCAGACAAAUUUACUGUCAUUUUCUGUCAAUGUGUUAUGUAUAAAAGGCCAGAUCACUUCUCCUGCUUUAACUUUUAGAAGUCCAGCCUUUUGCAGUUGUCUUGAGAUCCUAGAUUUUCUUGACCUAAAAGCGACUGAUGAUCUAACGAAGCUGCUCUUUGCUGUUCAGGUUGAAAUCUUAGUAUAAAAUUUACUGGUUAGAUUUGCACGGCGAGUCUCUGACCAGUUUUACUCAUUAAACAUUCACUGUUUUUCACUUUAUGGGAACUUUUCUCUUCAACUAGAACUAGUUUAAUAAAUUCAUGUCAAAAAAUUCGUCAUGUUUGUAUAUUUAGCCUAAGUAUUUCUGCUCUGUUUUUAUCACAGGUGUUUGUUCACAUUCACAAUUCUACAGAUUUUUGUCCAUUGUGUUGUUAUUGAUCAUAUUUAUUACAAAUAAAGUUAAUAAAACAGUAAA